GCUGACCCUCGGCAACCCUCAUCUCCAUAUCUCCCAAAGUGGUAAAUAUUAUCAUGGGGAAGGUGGAGGUGUUUGUAAUCACUCUAACUGGAGAAAAGCGAGUGUUUUAUCCAGGCGAGGUACUAAAUGGCUCGGUUUAUCUCAAACUCAACAAGGAACUAAAAACUCGGGGUAUCCGACUUGAGUUUCACGGCGAAGCAAACGUUCGCUGGUCCGAAUCUUCUGGGAGCGGAAACAACAGACGUACUCGGACAUACAGAAAUCAGGAGGUUUAUAUCAAUACUGUAGCUACUCUUUAUGGCAAAGAUCCGGGUCAAGGUGGGGAUAACCCAGUCCACCCUCCUGGUGAAUAUUCAUACCCCUUCUCAUUCAUCAUACCUCAACAAAAUCUGCCGACAUCUUUUGAAGGCAAUUUUGGACACGUCCGGUAUUGGCUCAAAGCGAUUAUAGACCGUCCAUGGAGGUUUGAUGUUACAACAAAGGCGGCAUUCUCCAUGAUUGAAUUUGUUGACAUCAAUACAGUUAUGCUUAUGAAUCCUUUGCAGACAGAAGAAACUAGAAACCUUGGUUGCCUGUGUUGUGUGUCAGGGCCAUUAUCUUUGGUGGGACACACAGACCGUGGGGGUUAUUGCCCUGGGGAAUCUAUAAGUGUUUCAGUCUACAUAAAUAAUAGGACCAGUACUAACCUUCCUGGUAUUGACUUAGUGCUGCGUCAAAUAACAGUAUACAUCGCAUCAUGUGGGAAACAGCGGCGACGCACAAAUGAGAUCCUACGACACAAUCACCCCGGUGUCCGUCCUCAUAGUGAGCAACACCUCCCUGGCCUUUUGGUACAGAUCCCUCCCCUCCCUCCCACCAUGAGCAGCUGUAGGUGUAUCCAAGUCACCUAUGAGUUAGAGGUUGAAGUUGAUGUAUCUGGGUGUCAUUUGAACAGCAAUCUUAAGUUUCCUAUUGUGCUGGGCUCGGUACCGUAUCGUCCACCCAUGCCACCUCCACAGGCAUACUGGCAGCCGGCAUCACAACCAUCUGCCCCACCACUGAUGAAUGACCCAAAUCAGGCCCCGCCUUACUACUCCCAGCAGGGGUCAGCAUACCCACCCCCGCCCUCGUAUGCCGAGAGCGUGUUCGGCGGGGCCUCGAUCAGAGAUGACGGCGACCACCAAGAUGGAGCAAUGGGCGACAUGAACUUCACUCCGUGUUAUCCGUUUGUCAACAACUACCAGCCACCGCCACCAACAAACCAGGACUGGCCAGCCAGUAAAUAGUUUCAUUUUUAUUUCGUCAUUAGUCCGAGAGUUUUUGUCCCGCCAAGUUGCGUUAAAGUGAGAAUCUCAGAAAAUGUUUUUUUAUAAUGUUAAGCUGUAAAUAGGUACUCUAUGCUGCAUAACUGAGAAAUAGAUGUUUGGCUUCAGCUAAUUCGGUGACCAACUGAUCAGUUGUAUUGUUUAUAUUAAAUUAGAUUUAGUUUUAUUUGCAUUCAUUACGCCCAAAGUGCAAACAGAGACACUGCUAAAAUGUCAUAGCAAUGUAAAACAAAAACUUUUUGUUUCAUUAUUUUGAUUAAAACCCAACCAGCGCUUAACACUAUAACUAAUAAUAAAUCCCGUGCAAACGGCGCAUUCCAAAAACAACACCAAUUUACUUCCGGAGGGCCGACUUAAACCUAACCGAUAAGAGACAAAAGAAUCUGUUAGAAUCCGCGCUAAUUAUCAGCUAAUUAUCCUCAAAGAAACUUCCACUAGACAAACUGCUUUUACAAUUUUGAAAUAUGUUUUGCGUUUCCGUUAAAAUUAUCGGGGAUUGUUACGAAUUCGACCGGAAGUAUACUGUUGACAUUGCCGAUUUAAAGUUGUAUGUUGUUCAACACAUAACUUCAACCAUGUGUUGAUUUAUUUCCUUGUUUCCCAACACCCCCCACGCAUGUCUGACGGGGCUUUAGAGUGGACUUUAAACCUGGUUUCCAUAUAGUCGUAAGGGUCGUAACCGUCAUCUAGAUCCCCCCCCCUCCCCCCCUACACACACACACACCUCCCGCAGUGAACACACGACUCGCGGAGGUUAUACGUAAUGAUCUUUUGUUUACGGGCCGCAGAAUUCUAGAGGGUAGCCCCUGUGACUGCCGAUGGUGAUAGGUAAUGAUUUUUUGCAGACAAAUGUUACGACUGUAAUGACCAGGUUUACUCAAGCAAUUCUUGAGUCGAUUAUCAAUAUGAUAUACUUUCCGUCCGAGUCAUUCGAACUGUAAUUUUACAUUAUAUAGAAAUUAAAAAAAAAAAACACGAAUUCACACAGGAAGAGCCAGCCAGACAGGCAGCAAUUACAGGCCUGUAACGGUAACAUAAAAUGUAAUUAAAAAAUGGUAUACAGUAACACCUUAUUUUAUAUUUAAUGAUGUUUCUGAAUAAAAACUGAGCUGUGUCACUAUAUAUGGUACAGAUACAAAUACAAAAAAGAUGUAUUUCAAUAUAUUGAAUAAUAAAGAUUGUGUGAUAAGAA